AUGGUCCCUUCAACAGCUAAACCAUUCCCACAACCCAGUGUUAUGCGCGUCUCUACCGCGUAUCACCUUCUACAUGAUAAUCCAUCACCGCCUAGGGUAUUAAUUCUUGAAGCCCGUCAGGCCUGCUUUGGAGCUACGGGCCGAAAUGGCAAGUCUUUUAAAUUUCAAAAAUGUUUAGAUAUCAAUACCCAACUAAGGGAUAGGAUAUCUGGCGUCAAAUUCGCUAAAGGCUGCUUCCACUACACAGCCGCACAUAUCUGGCCAUAUAAAUUCGUCCUACACCUCCUCUCCACCCUAACCUCCCGUGGCUCCAGCAGCGUGAACCUGCAAACCAACACGCCCGUCACCGAAAUCUCCGAAACGCCAGAUCCAGUCACAGGGGCAUGGACCGUAGUUACCAAAUCACGGGGCUCCAUCAAAGCAAAAAAAGUAAUCCUCGCGACGAAUGCGUAUACCGCAGCUAUCGCACCUCAAUAUGCUGACAGGAUCGUCCCAAUCCGAGGCAUAUGCAGCCGCAUCGUUACCCCUGAAAAGAAGACUCCUCCUUACUUACCCAACACGUACAGUCUGCAGUGGGGGGCUGAGGAGUAUGACUAUUUGAUUCCACGGCCAGAUGGUAGUAUCAUUGUAGGAGGUGGAAGGAAGGACUAUGUCGCCGAUCUGGAGAGUUGGUAUAACAAUACCGAUGACAGAGAGCCUAUACAAUCUGCCAAAAACUAUUUUGACGGAUAUAUGCAGCAUAACAUUAUUGGGUGGGAAGAUAGUGAUGCUUAUACAGAACAGGUGUGGUCUGGAGUAAUGGGCUUCUCUACCGAUCUCCUCCCGCACGUGGGACCCAUACCAGGCAAACCAAAUCAGUAUAUCUUAGCCGGUUUCAGUGGUCACGGCAUGCCCAUGGCGUUCCUUACUGCGAAGGGAAUCGCCAAGAUGAUCCGUAAUGAUGAAGAGAGUGGAGACUUGCCGUUUGAAAAGACGGGAAUUCCACGAUUGUACAAGACGACUCGGGAGAGAUUGGAGUGUGAUCGGAAUGAUAUAUUGGCGGUGAAGUUUGGGGUUGACAAGGUUAAGGCGGGAGGCAAAGUGUGGAUUUGA